AUUUUCAACUGCGCAGCCAUGAACCGGAAGGAAGUUGAUGACGCUGACGUAGGUUAGCAAGUUACAUUUACCAAGUCGGCCGUGGCUUCUAUGGAAGAGAUGUCAGGAGAGAGCGCCGUGAGCUCGCCAGUGCCGGCAGCUACCACCCGGACCACAUCCUUCAAAGGUUCCAGCCCCAGCUCGAAAUAUGUGAAGUUAAAUGUAGGCGGGGCUCUGUACUACACAACAAUGCAGACUCUGACCAAACAAGACACCAUGCUUAAAGCCAUGUUCAGUGGCAGGAUGGAGGUCCUCACGGACAGUGAAGGUUGGAUUCUGAUUGAUCGCUGCGGCAAACAUUUCGGAACGAUACUAAACUACCUUAGAGAUGGAGCGGUGCCGUUACCGGAUAGUCGGCGGGAAACCGAGGAGCUGCUUGCAGAAGCCAAGUAUUAUCUUGUCCAAGGCCUCGCAGAUGAAUGCACGGCUGCUUUGCAGAAUAAAGAAACGUAUGAGCCCCUUUGUAAAGUGCCUCUGAUGACAUCAUCGAAGGAGGAGCAGAAGCUAAUUGCAACUUCAAAUAAGCCUACAGUCAAACUGCUGUAUAACAGAAGCAAUAACAAAUAUUCCUACACCAGCAAUUCUGACGACAACAUGCUGAAAAAUAUUGAGCUGUUUGACAAGCUGUCGUUGCGGUUCAACGGCCGUGUACUCUUCAUCAAAGAUGUGAUCGGGGAUGAGAUCUGCUGCUGGUCCUUCUACGGGCAGGGUCGGAAGAUAGCUGAAGUGUGCUGCACCUCCAUCGUUUAUGCCACUGAGAAGAAGCAGACAAAGGUGGAGUUCCCUGAAGCUCGCAUCUAUGAGGAGACCCUCAAUAUCCUCUUAUACGAAUCCCACGACGGGAGGGGGCCAGACAACGCUCUGCUGGAGGCAACAGGCGGCGCCGCCGGACGAUCCCAUCAUCUGGACGAAGAUGACGAGCGAGAACGAAUCGAGCGAGUUCGUAGGAUCCACAUUAAACUACCCAACGACCGAACGCACCACCACCAGUGACCUCCCACCUGUUUUAGCUGAGGCCUUCCACCGCACCCGUGCCUUAGACCUGCCCUCAACAGCGCCUCUCUAACAUGCAUUACCAGGAGACGGUAUUAGUGUGUAGCUGCGCCGUUCAUGUGUUCAUUGUGUCUCCUUUGCUGCGGUCUGGCUAACUGACUGCAGUGUGUGUUCAAUUGUAUCACGGUUGUCUUCUGGCACGCAGAAGUUCAUAAUCAUAUUUGGUUGCUCACCGAAGUUUCAACUAACGUCUGUAUGUUGUAUGUGUGUUCAUCACAAGUGGUCCUAAGGAGAUCAAAAAUUAUGAUGUCAGUAGUUACAAAUGGAUCAUGUCAUAUUUUCCUUUCCAUGUGGCUUUGAGUGCUUCACUGAUCAUUCAGAGAAUGACCCAAGUGUUAAUCACGAAGUGGCCACCAGAUGGCACUGUUUUUAUUCUUAGACAUUUUUAUUAGAUGUUAUUGUUUAAUACACAGAAGUGGAUCAAAUAUU